AUGUGGAACUUCAAUGACGACUUGCGAGCAGGAAGAAAUAACCAAAGAAAUGAAGUCAGAAGAGGAGAGUACCACGACUAUAAGAUGAAGAUUGACCUUUCCGUGUAUGAUGGCAAACAAAAUAUAGAAGCAUUCCUAGACUGGAUAAAGAGCACUGAGAAUUUCUUCAACUACAUGGAUACACCUGAAUGCAAGAAAGUCCAUCUAGUAGCCUUAAAGUUAAGAGCCGAAACAGUGGAAGAAAUGAUUGCGGUUCGAUCCAAAAACCUAAAGAGAAGACCAGCAUGGAAGACAACUUCAACAAGAAUGAACAAUUAUGCGGACAAAACAAACGACCAACCCUCAACCUCAACAAAAGGAAAAGGGAAGGAAGUUGAAAAUCAAGAAGUAGUCGUUGAAAGAAAGAAUGAACAAGCAUUCAAAACCAGUAGUCAGAACAACUACUCCCGCCCUUUAUUAGGAAAAUUCUUCCGAUGUGGCCAAACUGAACACCUCUCCAACAACUGCCCGCAAAGAAAAACCAUAGCAAUAGCCGAAGAAGGAAGGCAGAUGAGUGAAGAUAGUAAAGGAGCAGAAGACGAAAUUGAACUGAUUGAAGCAGAUGACGGGGAAAGGGUCUCUUGUGUCAUCCAACGGGUACUCAUCACACCCAAAGAAGAAAAGAAACAGCAACGCCACUGUCUUUUCAAGGCAAGAUGCACCAUAAACGGAAGGGUAUGUGAUGUAAUCAUAGACAACGACAGUAGCAAAAACUUCGUAGCAAAGAAACUAGUAACAGUCUUGAACCUAAAGGCUGAAGCACAUCCAACCUCCUACAAGAUAGGUUGGGUAAGAAAAGAAGGAGAAGCCACUGUUAGCGAAAUCUGCACAGUCCCUCUCUCCAUUGAAAACGCCUACAAAGACCAAAUUGUUUGUGACGUCAUUGAGAUGGACGUAUGCCAUCUCCUAUUAGGAAGACCUUGGCAGUAUGAUACCCAAUCCUUACACAAAGGGAGAGAAAAUACGUAUGAAUUACAAUUGAUGGGGAGAAAGGUAGUUCUUCUCCCAAUAACAAGAAAGAAUAAGGAAGGAUUAAGAGUCGAAGACAUAGAACCCGAAUUACAACAGCUCCUUUAUGAGUUCCCACGCAUAAAGGAAGAACCAGAGGGACUCCCACCUCUUCGAGACAUACAACACCACAUAGACUUGAUCCCGGGAGCAUCAUUACCAAACUUGGCUCACUAUAGGAUGAGUCCCCAGGAGUACAAAACACUUCAUGACCAUAUUGAGGAACUAUUAAAGAAAGGGCACAUCAAACCGAGCCUCAGCCCUUGUGCAGUACCAGCCCUUCUCACACUAAAGAAAGAUGGGAGCUGGAGAAUGUGUGUUGACAGCAGAGCCAUCAAUCGUAUCACGGUAAAGUAUAGAUUUUCCAUCCCAAGGAUUAGUGACCUGCUUGAUCAACUCGGCAAAGCCAGCAUUUUUUCGAAGAUUGAUUUAAAAAGUGGCUACCACCAAAUACGUAUAAGACCUGGCGAUGAAUGGAAAACAACUUUCAAGACAAAAGAAGGCUUAUUUGAAUGGAUGGUCAUGCCAUUUGGCCUUUCUAAUGCACCCAACACCUUCAUGAGAUUGAUGAACCAGAUACUUCACCCAUUUCUCAACAAAUUCAUAGUCGUCUACUUUGAUGACAUACUCGUUUACAGCACAAACAACGAGGAGCAUUUACUACAUCUAAGAAAAAUGUUCUAGGCUUGAUAGAGGCAGAACUAUAC